AUGAACUACCUCUCUGCGACCCUGUGUGACUUUGCGAAUCAGGCAAGAAUCUCAGAGUUCCUGGGUAUUCUAAGAGCCAUGGAAAAGCUCAACCAGAUUUCACGAUUCAGAACGAUCCUUAAGAGCUUUCCACAGAAUAUUAAAUUUUGCUUCGCUUAUGGCUCUGGGGCGAUGAAGCAAGUUACUGACCCCAGUACUAACAUGUUGGAUUUAAUAUUUGUCGUGCGCAAUUCAAGUCAGUGGCACAUGGAGAACUUACGUCGCAAUCCGAGUCAUUACUCUGGGCUUAUGAGGAUAUUAGGUCACAAAGCUGUCACAAAAUUGCAGGAACAUUCAGGAGCCGGGAUAUAUUUUAAUACUCUUGUAAAGACGGCAGAAGGACGGACUGUCAAGUAUGGCGUGGUAUCGGAAGUUUCUUUAGUUGAAGAUUUAUUAGAUUGGAACUUCUUAUACCUAGCUGGAAGAUUGCACAAACCAGUCGAGGUACUGCUGGAACCGGAUGAAAAUUCACAACUGCAAACUGCUUUGGUUCAAAAUUUACAUUCUGCUAUUCAUGCCACGCUUCUUUUAUUACCGGAACAUUUUACCGAAAUCGACUUUUAUAAAGUUAUCACUGGGUUAUCGUACAAUGGAGAUUUUCGAAUGAUUUUUGGGGAAGACAAAGACAAAGUGCAUAAUAUCGUUGUACCGCAAGAUUCCAAGGACCAAACAAGUAGCCAUUGUAUGCAAUCAGGAUACAAGCCCACUGGCACGAAUUCAUCAUUUGAAUCAAUUGCCUCGAAUUCCUCAAGUAAAAUUAGUACGAUCCUGGACAGAGGGUCCAAGAUCAAAGGAUACCGAAGAUUGUUUACGAGCAAUUGCUUAUGA